AUGGCGGGCCGCUGCUACGACCAGAACAAGGAGAAGGUGCUGAUCCACCUCGGCCCCUCGAUCCGUGCGACGACCGUGGGCAGCCUGCUGCAGACGGGGGAGUCAGGCGCCACCGACCACAUGGGGCGCGAAUUCAAGGAUUGGCUCAAGGCCCAGCACUAUGAGCAGCGCUUCUCGUGCCUCGUGGACCGCUCCGAUGCCGCAGGCUAUGGGUGCCAGACCUCUUCCCUCCGUUAUGGCCGCGACGAGGCCCAGGGCAUCGAGCGCCGCGCCACCUCCUAUUUUCUCGACCUCUGCUAUAAGGCCCAGGGCUCCGAGCGCCGAGCCACCCCCUCGCUCAUCGAUUCCCGUUCCGAGGUCCAGGGCUUCGAGGCUUCGAGCACCGCGCCACCUCCCAUGUACCUCCUCGGCUUCCUCUCCGAG